GUAUAGAGAAUCAAAUUUUGAUUUCAACAAAUAUCACAGUUUAAAAGAAUAUGAAAAUUAUUUGGAAAGCAUAGCAGAAGUAUUUCCGGAUUUAGUACAGUUGAAGGUUAUCGGAUUUACGCAUGAAAAACGACGAUUACUUUGUUUGAAGCUUGUAACAAAUUAUGGGAAAGAUUCGGAAAUUACGAGGUAUGUUGAUAAAUUGAAUUUUUAUAUACUUCCAAUACUUAAUCCAGACGGUUUCGUGUUUUCUCGUACAUCAAAAUCUGCUUUGAUCAGACAUUGGAGAAAAAAUCGUGCUCCGGAAAAUUGUACCGGUAGCAUACUUUUGCGAAAAAAUUUAUGCUGCGAAGGAGUCGAUCUAAAUCGAAAUUAUGAUUUCGAUUUUCAUCAAACUUUCUAUCCCUUUAAUAAUUCAUGUUCAGAUGAAUAUCAAGGACCAUUUCCAUUCAGCGAACCGGAAUCACGAGCAGUACGAGAUUUUAUCACAUCAAAUGAAUUGCGAAAUAAAACGGAUGCAGUGAUAAGCAUACAUACUCACGGGCAACUUAUCAUUCUUCCAUAUAAUCAUCGCCGUAACACAUAUCCUACUGAUUAUGUUGACUUGAUGGCUGUAGCUCGAAAGAUAAAAAAUACAAUUAUAAAAUUUGGUGGACACGAAUAUAAUAUUGGUACUGCUGCUGAUAUGCUUGGUCCAGUAACUGGCAGUGCAACGGAUUGGAUUAAACAGAAUACGAAUAUUAAAUAUGUUUAUGUGUUUGAAUUACCACCAAAAUAUACCACAUGGUUUGCUUUUCAAACAAAACCUCAUAAGUUACUGUCAACAGCAACUGAGACAUGGAACGGUGUACGUGUUAUUAUUGAUCAAGUACUGAAAGACAACGAUCUAUAA